GAUAUAUAGCGGUGUGGCGAGAAGUGUGUCGGAAUUGUCAUCUGAAAUAAUGAUUGUUCCGUUUGUGUAUUUAAUCAUCUUCCUGCCAACAUUAGCUGCAAACAUUAUACCCCUCGAUGAUCCUAUACCAUCCCCUCACAACAGCGAUAGUACAGGAAUUGUAGCAACGUCUUUAGAUCACCCGCCUCUUUGGAUUGACCCAUUAGCAUCUGGUACCUUUUCUCAGUCAAAAACUCCAUUUUUCAACUGGGAAUCUCUUAUGUCGUCUAGUAAUAUUAACCAUUUUCCACAGACUGGGGGAGAUAUUCCCACCUUUCAGCUCGGCGAAGGUAUACCAAUGGACAGUGUUCAGGUUGUUGAGAAUGUUGGACAGAUAACACAGGAGAUAAGUACAGCUGUUCAAACGGAUACUAGAAUCGCUCAACAAAAAGACCCAAAAGCUUCCUUCAAUAAUAUGUCUAAUAUGGAAAAUGUAAAUAAACCUUCACAUGAAAUCCUGGAUCUAACAAACCCCGCAAGUUCUACUGGAAUGUUCGAUCAGGAUGCUACAAGAUUACAGAAUAAUAUGGGUAUAGAUCAUAGACUAAUGUCUUCGGAUAAUCCAGCAGCAGUAAAUCCUAAUCUACUUUCACCAGACAAUCCUACUCAUGCUGAUCUGAUCGACUUCAUGAUAGCAAAAGAUAUGGCACAGGGAACAGAGAAUGUCAUACAUCAAAACCCAAUUGACAAAGAUCCAUUCGCUGUAAAUCCAGAACAUGAAAAUAUCUUCGAAAAAGUUCCUUCACAUGAUGUUUUACCUCGCAUCGAAACAAGCUCCAGUCGUUCGUCGCCUCCUGAUAUUACUUCCAUAGGACAGGAAAAUAAAAACACAAAAAAACAACAGAGACAAAUGAAACAACAGCAACGCAAAGCAGAGAACAAAGAAAGGAAAAAAAUGCAACAGCAGCAACGAAAAUCUAAACAAUUAGAACGGCAACAAUUGCGACAGAUACAACAACAAGAAAGACAACAACUUCGUAAACAACAAAAACAACAAAGAAAUAAAAAAACAGCUGCUGAAAAAUUAGCAUUACGACAACAAAAACAAAAAGCGAGAAUACAACAAAAAAUAGAACAGCAAUUAAAGAAACUAGAAAAUUUAGAAACGGUUGGUCUUAAUCAACAGACAGCAGCUGUUGAUAAUCAAGCUUUUCGUGUAAACAAUCAAAUUAAAAGACUUAAAUCACGUAGAGCCCCGAAAGGCCAAAAAGGUAAAUUCAGAAAAGGAAAAAGGGCAAAAGGUGCCGCAAAAAGGAAAUCAAAGGGAAAGCAAAAAAACUAAACAAGUGUUUAAAAUCAAAAUCGUAGGCAUAUAAAUACUUUUGAUAAUACAAUGUACAUGUACUUGAAAUCCAAUGUAAAAGAUAUUCGUUUGAACAUGUGAUAAAAAAGACUUGUAUAUAAGAUUAAAUCAAAUUGUUUAAACCAAAUUUGUAGUUAUUGCGUGUUUAUUUAAUCAUUUUAAAUCACUUUUUCAUCUGUUUUCCAUACAUAUUCAUUGUGUAAUUGACCAUUACAUUGCAGAACUGAAUAAAUUAUUUAAAUAUC